GAACUGCUUUCCCAGCGUAAUACUCAGUCCUUCCAACAUCCCAUACACCUGCGAAGUUAACGAUGCCCAAACACUGAUUGGCUUGAACCUCUCCGCCUCGUACUACAACCCAGCAGGUCUCAAUCCUGGAUGGCCGGCGACUCUUGAUGCGGGAACUAAUACCAUUGCAUUCAAGCCUGAUCGUGGGGCGACUUCAGGACGUUGGGAAUUGGCCAUAACACGUAUUUCGGUUGGUGGAAACUCUUACGUUCCUCUGUCGACCAAUAAGAGCAUGGAAUUCAUGAUGAUUACUGCGACCCGUGCGGAUUUCGAUGUACUCUAUCCGUAUUACGGUAUGGGGGUGUCGUUUGCACCCAAUCUCCCAACCGGCACCACGGCUUCCGACUACAUGCUGGUGCGCUCUUUCAAUGACUGCCGGUACACCCCUGCCAACUGCACUGACUCUGUUGGAUGCUACAGAAUGCUGCCACCCGCUCAUCUUCCCCCUCCGGGCGAAUACAGGCUCUGUGUGACGUCAAAUGACUGGCAUGACCAAUACCUUCCGUGGGGUGUGAACGCUCUUGAGGUGAAGCUUCUGAUGGCCACGCCGCUGUACUUGACAUCUGGUAAAGACAGAAAUGUCGUGCUGCAGGAUGCGGAAUCUGUGGUAAAUGAGUCGAGGCGUGUGUUCCUGGUGCGGUGCCCUGGCAACUACUGCCCCCUUGUGACCACUGACAGUGGGGAAGAUGUGGUGCACCGUGAUGCGUGUGUGAACACCUCCAGCUCGUCGCGUGUGUACCUGUCCGACGAACGUGUGCUGUUAGCAGCACCUGGUGUGUACGCUGUGUGUGUCGAUGAUGGUGAUGGAGAGUACACUG